AUGGCGCUCAUUACAGGCAAAACCAUCAUCACCUCCGUCUCCCUCUUCCACCUCACCAUGGCCUAUUUCAUGCUCUUCAACCCGCAAACUGUCGACGACCAGAUCCUCGUCUAUAUUCUCGGCCGCAGCAUGGGACUGCCACCGGCCCGCGGCCUUGACUCGCCAUCCCCUGCCCUCGCCUUUCUCGGCGUCGUCCUCGCCUUACUAGGUCUGAGCGACCUCGUCUCCCUUUCCAUGCCCGAGGAGCUGGGCGCGCUCUACUACUGGGGCACCCAAGCACCCGUUAGAUUCAUCUUCUCCAUGACCCUUGUGUUUUACAGCUACACCUUUGGACCGACGGGCCCCUUGGGCGUCUACACAAACGGCACCAGCCGUAAACCGGGCUUCUUUGGCGGCGGGGGCGGCUCUGCGACUGACGGCCUCAAGAAUCGUGUCAUCUUCACCUUUGUCUUCAUCGAGAUGGUCGCGUGGUUCUGGCUUUGGGUCACGCUGCGCGAGGAGCGCGUGGGCGUCGUGGAGAGACUGCGGAAGCAGCAAGAACGCAACGCCCGGUGA